AUGCGGUCCCUAACCAAGGAGGCGCGCGAUCCCAACCGGGCGGGAGGCUCGGCCGCCAAGAAGCGGGCGCCCCUGGGCCGCCUGGAGGCCUCCCCCGUCAAGAAGCAGCAGCGCAAGAAGCCCAGCAAGAAGGACCGGCGCCGCGUCAGCUUUGCGCCAGACCCCGAGCUCACGCUGGUGCACCACUUUGAAAAGGAUGAUGACUAUGCCUCCAACUCUGGUGGCAAGGGCCGGGUGGUUGUGCAGUACGAGGAGGACGAGCCUUCAAUGGCGGCGCAGCGCGCACAGCCCGACGCGCAGCACCCGGCGCUGGUGGGCGAUGCGGGCGCCGGCGCCAGCGGCGCCUACCGCCCCGGCUUCUGGAACAAGACGGUGCCGGAGAACAGCCCCCUGAGCGACGGCAUGCCGCUGGACAGCCCCGGCAUGGUGAGCAUGGAGCUGACGCAGCCCACGGUGCAGCUGCAGGCGGCGGCGGCGGCGCCGGGCCCGGGCGAUGUGACGGCAGGCCUGCCGUCGCUGGGGGCGCUGGCAGACGCGGACGAGUGGUGGGAGGAUGCACAGGGUGCACCCGAGCAGGCGGCGGUGGCGGCGGGCUGGGCCGGCGCGGCAGCUUCGGCUGCGGCGGCCAACGCCACCGCCAACAUCACUGCCGCGCUGCCGGGCCUGGGCGCUCUGGUGGCGGAGGAUGAGGACGCCACAGCGGGCAUGGACCUCACGCUGCCCACCGGCAGGGUGCUGGAGCACCAUCCCCACCCGGCGCUGGCGCCUGCUGAGGCUGCGCCCGAGGGCGGCGCGGAGCUGGAGCCGACUGCGCGGGUGGCGGCGGCGGAGCCUGCGCGCAAGGAGCGGCUCAGCAGCGGCACGGAUGAGCUGGCCACGGGUGUGGCAGCCAAGGCGCAGAUGAGCAAGUGGGGCUUCGCCCCAGGGGCGGACGACACGCUGGACAUAAACCUGGAGAUGCACGGGCGCAUGAUCAUGGGCGACCAAACCUUCGACCGCAUGUACUGCGACAACACCACCGGGGACAGCAGGCUGGGGGGCCGCCCCUCGCUGGGAGGCGCCGACUCCACCGCCGACUCUCUGCUGCCCAAGGACGGCGGCGCCGCUGGCGGCGCAGAGGACUUGGAGCUGGAGGGGGUGGAGGGGCCUGCUGCUGCCGCAGAGCAUGGUGCAGCGAGCGCGCCAGCGGCGGCAGCCUCGCCGGCGGUGUCCUCAGGCGCCCCUCAGCGCGCCGCGCAGGCGGCGGCUGCGCCCGCAGCGGCGCAGCGGGCUCCCAACUGGACGGCGCCAGCCUUCCUGCCGCCCUACAUGCAGGCGCCGGCCGCCAGCGGCGCGCCCUCAGACCACCCUGCCCUGGUGCACAGCCCCGACGUCACCGGCAGCAGCCUCAACACCCUGGAGACGCGGCGCGUCAGCGUGGGCGUGGACAUGCGGCGCAUGAGCAUCAGCAGCCGACGCUUCUCGAUGCAGGACGCCACCGGCCGCCUGCUGGCAGACUUUGGCGGCGAGGACGACGUCGCGGCCGCCGGCACCGCCGGCCUGCAUGAGGCCGCCGCGCAGGCGGCGCUGGCCGCUGCGGCGCCGGCGCCGGCGCCCGCCUCGGGCGGCCCGCGCUCGCGGCGACGCUCCAGCGGCGCAGCGUUCCUGGGGCGGGAUGUCACGGAGAAGCUGCUGGUGGAUGACAGCCUGCAGGAGGAGGAGGCGGAGCCUGUGGGGCCACUGGCCGACCUGCGGCGCCAGAUGCGCAUGCUCAGCCAGGGCUCGCCCGUGCUGGCUCCGCAGCCGGAGCAGGCGGCUGCGCUGCAGCAGGUGGCGGAGGAGGAGGCCGCGGCAGCGGCUGCCACGGCUGCCCAGUCCCCUGGCGCAGCCCAGCAGCUGGGCGCAGCCAAGACGCCACGCUCCGCCGUCAGCCUGGGCUACGCCGACAGCCACAACCCGGCCACGCUGGGGCUGCUGCGCACCGGCGGCACCACGCGGCUGCUGGGGGAGACGGCGCAGCUGGCGGAGCAGCAGGCGGGCGGCGGGCACGAGGAGGGCACUGGGGAGUUGGAGGAGCAGCAGGGGGCAGGGGGUGAGGGGCAGGAGGCGGCGGAUGUGGCGGGUGGGAGUGCUGGCGGCGCCACGGCGCGCACCAACGGCACCACCAAGCUGCUGGCUGACAUGACGAUGGCGUCAAUGGUUGGCGCCAAGCUGCUGGGCAGGCCGGCGCAGGGCACGCCCGAGCUGGGGCGUGGCCCAGGCAGCGAUGGCCUCACCGACUUUUCGCUGGACGAGUUUGAGCUCCCGCCCGAGCUGCCCGCCGGCCAGAGGCAGCAGCAGCAGGGCGAGGCGGCGGGGAUGGAGGUGGAGGAGGCGGCUGAGGCGGGCUAUCAACACCAGCAGGCGGCGGAGGAGUAUGCCUCGCCUGCGCUGCCGGCGGGCGGCGAGUUUGGGGCAGGCUACCCCAUUGGUGCUGCCGACCUGUCUGGCGGCGGCGUGAUCCCGGGCGGCCCCAAGCUGGCGCGCACCCCUGUGACCGCCCGCGCCACAUCCCAGCCCCGCUCCGCCCACGGCACGCCACACAGCCACGCGCGCAGCGUGCGCAGCCAGCAGCAGCAGCACAUGCUGCACUCCCAGGCCACGCCCGGCACCCACGGCACCCACCGCCUGGCGCGCACCCCCGGCAGCGUGCGCCCCGCAGCGGCGGCGUACCCUGCUGAGGCUGAGCUCACCGCUGACGGCAUGAUCCCCGGUGGCCCCAAGCUGGCCCGCACCCCCGUGGGCCGCACCCCGGCCACCGCCUACCUGGCGGGCCCCGGCUCGGCGGUGGCACAGCACUACCCCGGCAGCGGCCGCAUGGUGCAGUUUGCCGCCGGCCCCGGCUCCGCCUCGGUGGGCCGCUACCCCGGCAGCGCGGUGGCGCUGCACCGCGGUGGCAUGACGCCGCAGGGGAUGCCUCCGCCCAUGACCUUCCAGGACUUUGCCAAGCUGACGGAGGUGCAGUUCCUGGACAACCUGCGGCGCGGCGCCUCCAUCAACUACGCUGACCUGCAGCCCAACCCGGUGCCCCAGAACCUGGCGGAGGCGUACCGCCUGCUCACCAUCAUCUCGCCGCAGGUCACCACCCUGGAGAACGGCAUCCGCAUCCUGCAGGAGGAGGUGCAGGCGCGGCGGGUCAGCGCCGCCGACGCGGAGCAGCUGGUGGGGCAGCUGAACCCUGCGGCCUUCCAGAAGGCGCAGGCCGCCGACGAGGAUGGGCUGGAGGUGCUGCGGGGCCACGUGGGCCUGCUGAAGAAGGUGUGCCGCCAGAAGGCGGUGUACUGCCUCAAGGACGUGCGGCGGCAGAUGGAGGAGAGCCGCGGCUCGCGGCUGCGCCACAACCUGGAGGUGCUGCAGGCCGACCUGGCCUUUGCCCAGGCCAGCCGCGAACAGCUGGAAGAGGUGGCCCGCGCCGCGCAGCAGUAUGUGGCGGAGCAGCACAGCCGCAUGGCAGAGGAGGAGCAGGCGCACCGCGACGAGGCUGAGCGGCGCAGUGCGGUGCUGGGCAUGCGGCGGUCGAUCGAGGAGGAGACGGCGGCCAACGAGGAGCGGCGGCGGCGGCUGCAGGAGGCGCAGGAGCGGGUGGCCCAGCUGAGGGAGGAGCACGCUGUGCUGAGCCGGGAGCGCGAGGCGCUGCGCAGCCGCACCGACGCGCUGCAGAUGACGCUGAUGCAGAGCCAGGGGCGGGAGGGCGUGGGCCGCGAGUCGUCGCCGCUGGCCAUCCUGCAGAAGCUGGAGGACUUGGAUGUUCUCAAGGCGUGUGUCGGGUGGCAGCUGGAGGGCGCGCGGGAGGACCCGGUCAGCGGCGAGGCCGCGCUGCGCCUGGCAGACCUCUUCCGCGUGCGCCUAACCAUCAGCCGCACCCAGGCCGCCGCUAGCGUGGAGGUGCUGCCAGAGGAGGACUGCAAGGCUCCUGCCGACCGUCGCGCGCUGCUGGCGGCACUGGCUGGCUGCCCCGAGGGCGCUGCCGCGGCAGCCGAGGUGCAAGUGUCUGAGCCGAGCGCCGCCAAAGUGGCGGCACUGGUGCAAGCGACCACCGCACGCCUCAGCCGUGUGGCUGACCUGGCGGAUGAGCUGGACGGCCUGCGGCUGGCGUUCCCCGCCCUGUGCGACGUGGCGUGCCGCCCUGAUGGCUGGCUGUCGCUGUCGUUUGUCAAUCUGGAUGCCGAGGUCAAGUUUGGGGUCAGCCUGCGGCUGCCACACAGCUACCCAGCGGGACCUGUGCAGCAGCAGGCCCGCAUCUGGUUUGACGGCGAGGGCCAGAUCACGGAGCAGCGCAUCGCGCAGGCGGUGGCAGCGGCGGCCGAGGCGCCCGGCCGCCUUCACGCCAUCUGCCGGGAGCUCAGCCAGCUGGCGCGUGAUGUGAUGCCCAGGCCGGCGCUGGCUCAGGAUGCAGCAUUCAUCUCCAAUUGGCAGAACCCUCUGUUCGGGGCCAUGCAGCCGGCGCUGUCAGCACAGACCUGAGCGCUGCCCUGCCCCUCAUUGUUGUCACGGCGCUGAGGCAAGCGCCACCUGGGUUGUUGGGACCACGUCCCUGACGUGCACUGUACGUUUAUUGGGCUCCAUUUUCCCGUCACAAACAUUACCAUGGUCACACACACACAC